AUGCUCUUCAAGAAAAUUCUAUCAGCAGUUUCACUGGCAGUUCUCACAUUCGCCACCACCUCAAGUCCCGUCCUCGCGGUCCCCGAGAAGCGGGCCCUGUUUGGACGAUACAACGACAUGGACUGCAAACCUAGUUCCUCCAAGCCCGACCCCGUCAUCCUCCUUCACGGCCUACUCGGAAACUCUGGUGAGUUUGCUUAUAUUGGCCCCCGCUUCGCUCUCAAGGGCUAUUGCACCUACAGUCUGGACUAUGGCCAUAUACCCGGUAUCCCCAUCCUUGGUGGCCUAAACGAUCUGAUGGUAAGUGCCAUGGAACUCUCGGACUUUGUCGAUAAGGUCCUGGCAGCCACUGGGGCAUCCAAAGUCGAUCUGGUCGGUUACUCUGAGGGUUCGACGCUCGCUCGUGUCUACCUCAAGUACUUUAACGGAACCGCCAAGGUCAAUCACGUCGCCGCCAUCGGAUCCAACCAGUACGGAACUACUCUCGCGAAUAUUGUCACCAUCUUGAAAGCAGCCAAGUUAUUCGGUGCUGUCAAGGGAGCGCUCAACCCCCUAUGUAAGGCUUGUUUCCAAAUCACGGUAGGAGCGCCGUUCCUAGACCAGCUUGCUGAAGGGGGUGACACUUACCCAGAAGUCAAGUACCUGAUGCUUGUUAGCAAGUAA